AUGGCUUCCACGGGUAAGAAAUUGUUUGAACAACUCAAGAGUAAAGAAUUCCGUGCUUAUUUAAUGAGUACUCAUUUUUGGGGUCCGGUAGCAAAUUGGGGUAUACCAAUAGCAGCACUAUCAGAUGUUAGAAAAGAUCCUGAACUAAUAAGUGGUAAAAUGACUGGAGCUCUAUGCUUGUAUUCAAUUGCAUUCAUGAGAUUCGCCUGGAAAGUCCAACCACGUAAUAUGCUUUUGUUUGCUUGUCAUGCAACAAAUGAAGUAGUUCAAGUGGUCCAAUUUUCAAGAUUCAUUAAUUAUAAUUAUCUAUCUAAUAAAGAGGAUAAUAAAAAUGAAAUAGCUUAA